CACGGAAGGGGUAUAAUGAGAUACAGCGACGGCAGCGUCUACGAGGGCCAGUGGGAGCAUGGCAACUACUCGGGAACAGGAAAAUAUACUUCAAAAGAUGAGGAGUAUGUCGGAUCAUGGGUCUACGGAAUCAAGACUGGCCAUGGAAAAUUGAUCACACAGGACGGGCAAAUUGUUUACGACGGCUGGUUUGUCAACGGCCAAAGAUCAGACGCCGGCACCCUCAAAUAUCCCCAGACAGGCGUCAGCUACACGGGCCAGUGGAGUAAAGACGUGCCAAGCGGAAAGGGCACUUGGCAAUGGGCAGAUGGAAGCUGGUGGGAGAGCACAUGGGGAGGAUCCAAUGGCAAAACUGCCAGCGGCAGUGGCAGGACGCGCUGCCGUCUUUUCGCGAAUGGCGACCUUUACGAAGGGGAGACGACUAACCACGAGAUGACGGGCACGGGCAACAUCACUUUCUCGAGCGGCGAGGUGUAUCGCGGCAAAGUUAGAAAUUCUAGCAAACAUGGCCGAGGCAGCUUCAAGACAUUGGACGGGAUGCUGUAUGAGGGGAAAUGG